AUGGUCUCCGGAUUUCCAGAAUGGCUGCGGUGGUACAAGAAACCUUCGUAUGUCGAUGUCACCCAAUUCGCAAAGAGAAUCAACGAGCGUUUCGCCAACGCGCCGGGAACGGGCACUCCAGUCCAACCCGAAAGUAGUGAGAGAAGGCGAAGGAGCGCGGAAAUCCCGUCAAAGCUCCGUCUGGAGAAGAUCCUGAAGAACCGGACCUGCAGCCCAAUGUCACUCUAUGACUUUUACAUGUAUCUGAAGUAUAUCGAGUUGUCGGCCGAGAACCUGGAGUUUUAUAUAUGGUUCAAGAAUUACAAAGCAGGUCGUCUCACAGCCUUUCCGGAAUUUCCUCAACCCAUCAUCCCCCUGGACGUCGACACCCACGUACUUGGCUCCAAUGGCUCCGAGACGGAUCUUACAGUGACAGGCAAGGACGAGACCCGGCAGAGAGUCGUAACAUGGCCUCCGGCCCAGUCUAACGAUCCAGGGGGAGAGGGGCAAGAAAAUCUCACUUUCGAAGAAUCCGAUAUAUAUGCUCGGAUAGCAUCCCUGGUACGCCCUGGAAUAUCAAGCGGACCUUGCAUGAACAGGCGACGUUCACCCACGGACAAAGACCCAUUCGCCGGGGACCAGAACACGGAGGAGAAGACAUCGAUAGAGAUAGGGGAUAUACGACGUACCGAGAUUGAUACCAUCAAAAGCCUCUUCUUACUUCCAGGCUCUCCAAAAGAGCUUAACAUUCCCUCGACGAUGCGACGAAAAGUCCUUGACGCCAUCGCAACAUCGACCGAAGCUGAACACCUCGCGCCAGUCGCCGAACACUGCUAUCUGCUCUUACGAUCCUGUUCCCAUAGAAACUUUGUCCGGCUCGGCGUAUCAAAUGGGACAUUCGAAACGAUUUGCAUGGCAACUGGUCUCGGUAUCGUGCUCACCAUCUGUGGAUUCCUCACCGUCGUGCUUCUAGCCCUGGUCGCCCCAUCAUUCAGACACUGUUCUCGGUGGCGAGCGCUCGGUGUUUGGCCACUGUGGAGCAUCGGAGGUGGUUUAGUCCUCUCGGGAUUACGCGGUAGCUGCUUCUUCCUGCUCUUGUUCUCGAGGCGACAACCAAUGCCAUGGGAGAGGUUUGCGGAUGAUCCGGCAGAGACGAGGCAAUCCAUGUUCUCGCAGACACUCUCGAAAAUAAUGAUAUUCGAUCGAAAACUGAAGGUCAAAGACGACAAUCUGAGGAGGUUGCAGAGAAAAGUGGUAUAUCAGAGCUUGCUAGGAGGAAUGUUGUUUGCCACGUUGAUGCUGGGAGUAGUAAUCGUAUUACCGAUUUGGGAGAAGAUAUAA